CACAGAUGACGAGACGUGGUGCCCUUCAACCCCCGAUCCUCCACCAUGGAUGACCAGACGUGGUGCCCUUCAUCCCCCAGAUCCUCUACCAUGGAUGACCAGACGUGGUGCCCUUCAUCCCCCAGAUCCUCUACCAUGGAUGACCAGACGUGGUGCCCUUCAACCCCCGAUCCUCCACCAUGGAUGACCAGACGUGGUGCCCUUCAACCCCCGAUCCUCCACCAUGGAUGAGACGUGGUGCCCUUCAACCGCCAGAUCCUCCACCAUGGAUGACCAGACGUGGUGCCCUUCAACACCCAGAUCCUCCACCAUGGAUGACCAGACGUGGUGCCCUUCAUCCCCCAGAUCCUCCACUAUGGAGGACCAGACGUGGUGCCCUUCAACCCCCGAUCCUCCACUAUGGAGGACCAGACGUGGUGCCCUUCAACCCCCGAUCCUCCACCAUGAAUGACCAGACGUGGUGCCCUUCAACCCCCGAUCCUCCACUAUGGAUGACCAGACGUGGUGCCCUUCAUCCCCCAGAUCCUCCACUAUGGAGGACCAGACGUGGUGCCCUUCAUCCCCCAGAUCCUCCACUAUGGAGGACCAGACGUGGUGCCCUUCAACCCCCGAUCCUCCACUAUGGAGGACCAGACGUGGUGCCCUUCAUCCCCCAGAUCCUCCACUAUGGAGGACCAGACGUGGUGCCCUUCAACCCCCGAUCUUCCACUAUGGAGGACCAGACGUGGUGUCCUUCAACCCCCGAUCCUCCACUAUGGAGGACCAGACGUGGUGCCCUUCAACCCCCGAUCCUCCACCAUGGAUGACCAGACGUGGUGCCCUUCAACCCCCGAUCCUCCACUAUGGAUGACCAGACGUGGUGCCCUUCAUCCCCCAGAUCCUCCACUAUGGAGGACCAGACGUGGUGCCCUUCAACCCCCGAUCCUCCACUAUGGAGGACCAGACGUGGUGCCCUUCAACCCCCAGAUCCUCCACUAUGGAGGACCAGACGUGGUGCCCUUCAUCCCCCAGAUCCUCCACUAUGGAGGACCAGACGUGGUGCCCUUCAUCCCCCAGAUCCUCCACUAUGGAGGACCAGACGUGGUGCCCUUCAACCCCCGAUCUUCCACUAUGGAGGACCAGACGUGGUGCCCUUCAACCCCCGAUCCUCCACCAUGGAUGACCAGACGUGGUGCCCUUCAACCCCCGAUCCUCCACUAUGGAUGACCAGACGUGGUGCCCUUCAUCCCCCAGAUCCUCCACUAUGGAGGACCAGACGUGGUGCCCUUCAACCCCCGAUCCUCCACCAUGGAUGACUAGACGUGGUGCACUCCCAUCCCAGCACCUCCAGCAUGUAUGACCAGGCAAGGUGCGCUCCUAUCCCAACUCCACCAUAGAAGAUCAGAUAUGUAGUGCUCCCUUCCUAAUUCCUACAACCCAAAAGAUCAGACAUGGUGGCUCCCAUCCCAGCUCCUCCACCAUGGAUGACCAGACGUGGUGCACUCCCAUCCCAGCUCCUCCACCAUGGAUGACCAGACAUGAAGCGCAUCACUCCCAGCCCCCCGUCCCCCCCCAUCCCCGUGCUUUUAGUUGUUUUUAUGUCGGUGGAGUAUUGCUGAUUUCUUUUUGUUGUACUUUUAUUAAAAGCUUUUAUACAACCCAA